UUGGAACACAGGAGUGAUGGUUGCUGAUAAUGAGCCUCUAUCCAGGGUGGCGUCCAUCAACACUCUGUGAAAGUCCAUUACUUUGACCGCCUUCUCAUGAGGAAUGUGUCUGGCACGGCAACUUGUCAGACUCCCAUCUCCACCCCUCCUACCUCUGUUCCACCAACAUUGUGGCUGCCCCAAGUCACCUGUGGGAAAACAGACAUGACUGUUAAACUACCUGUUGGAAUGCUGAUAGAUGUGAAGGUGCUUGGUCCAGAAGCGUUGUUGCACGUUCCUGAUGGAUACAUUGUAACUCAGUGGAAAAGUCUCAAUGCCUUGUUUGUCAAAUUUUCCCAAUCAAAUGUGGAGUAUGGCAGUCUCUCGCUUCAACUGGUUUAUCAGAACUCUGCUGGAGAGUUGUCCACCACAAUGGUAUCCUGUUUCCCUCAACCUUUCAACUCAAGAAAUGUAGAAGAACCCUUUGGGGAUUUAUGGGGAUUCCCAAAUAUUCCCACUGCACCCUAUAUGAUAGAUCAAACCCCAGUCAUCACCAAUGUUCCUUCAACAUCUGCAGCAUCUACCCCACUAGAAGCAUUUUGCUUGUGGGGCUUCCCAUUCAUUCCUACUGGAGCUUUUCUUCCUUGUAAAGAAUCCACAACUCCAGCCACUACGACUGUGACCACAACUGCUGCCACUACGGCAGCCGCUGCCACAACGACAGCCCCUGCCACCACAAGUGCAGCCGCCACUACGACUGCGACCACAAGUGCAGCCGCCACUACGACAGCCGCUGCCACAACAACUGCAGCUAACACCACAGCAACAGCAGCCACCACCACAACUGUAGCUGCCACUACGACUACAGCAGACACCACAAAUCAGGCUGUUACCACAAGAGCAGCAGCAGCAGCUACAACAACAACUGCAGCCGCAACUACGACAUUCGCUGCCAUCACAACUGCAGCCGCCAAUACAACCACUACCACAACAGCAGCUACCGCCUCAACUACAGAUACCACUAAGACAACCCAUGCCACCACAACAGCAGCUGCUAACACAACUGCAGCUGUCACUAUGACAACAGCCGCUACCACCACAACUGUAGACAUUACUAAGACAACACCUGCCACCACGACAACAGCCGCUGCCACCACUUCUGCAGCCCCUGCCACCAUAACUGCAGACGCCACUUCAACAGCUCCUGCCACCACAACUUCAGCUGAAAUUACAACAGACCCUGCCACCACAACUGCAGACACCAAUGCGACUACUACCAAUACUGCAGCUUCCACUAUGUCAGCCUCUGCCACCACAGCAACAAUAGCCACCAGCACAACUGUAGCCGCCACUACGACUACAGCAGCCACUGCCACCACAACUCUGGCUGGUACCACAACAGCAGCUGCCACUACGACUGCUAACACAACUGCAGCUACUACUACGACAGCUGCCACUUCGACAAAACCCCAUGCCACCACAACUUUAGCCGCUACCACAACAGCAGCCACUGGAAAUACAAGUGCAUAUGAUACCACAACUGCAGCUGCCCCUAUUAUGACAGCCGCUGACACCACAACUGCAUUUGCCACCACGACAACAGCCAUUGCCACCACUACUGCAGCCCCUGCCACUGUAACUGCAGCCACAAAUAGGAUAGCCCCUGCCAACACAACUGCAGACACUACCACAACUACUACCACAACUGCAGCUUCCACUACGUCAGCCUCUGCCACCACAGCAACAAUAGCCACCAGCACAACUGUAGCCGCCACUACGACUACAGCAGACACUACGACUACAGCAGCCACUGCCACCACAACUCUAGCUGGUACCACAAGAGCAGCAUCUGCUACCACAACAGCAGCUGCCACUACGACUGCUAACACAACUGCAGCUACUACUACGACAGCUGCCACUUCGACAAAACCCCAUGCCACCACAACUUUAGCCGCUACCACAACAGCAGCCACUGCAAAUACAAGUGCAUAUGAUACCACAACUGCAGCUGCCCCUGUUAUGACAGCCGCUAUCACCACAACUGCAGCUGCCACUAUGACGACAGCCGCUGACACCACAACUGCAUUUGCCACCACAACAGCCAUUGCCACCACUACUGCAGCCCCUGCCACUGUAACUGCAGCCCCAAAUAGGAUAGCCCCUGCCAACACAACUGCAGACACUACCACAACUGCAGCUUCCACUAUGACAGUCCCUGCCACCACAGCAACAGCAGCUGCCACCAAAACUGUAGGCACUACAAUGAAUACAGCAGCCACUAUAACAGUAACAACUGCAACCACAAUUGCAGCUGCCCCUACGACAACAACCGCUACCACCACAAUGGCACCUGCCCCUAAGACAACAGCCACUACCACCACAGCUGCAGCUGUCACUAUGAUGACGGCCGGUGCCACCACAACUGCAGCUGCCACCACAACUGCCACUGACACCACCACGACAGCCCUUCCCACCACAACUGGAGACACCACAAAGACAAUCUAUGCCACCACAACUUUAGCCGCUACCAGAACAGGAGCCACAGCAACCACAAGUUCAGCUGCUACAUCAACUGCAGCUGCCACUAUGAUAACAGCCGCUGACACCACUACUGCAGCCCCUGCCACCGUAACUAAGGACGCCACUACGACAACCCAUGCCACCACAACGACAACCCAUGCCACCACAACUUCAGACGCUACCACAACAGCAGCCACUGCCACCACAACUGCAGCUGCAAUAACGACAGACCCUGCCACCACAAAUGCAGACUCCACUACGACACCUACCACAACUGCAGCUUCCACUAUGACAGCCUCUGCCACCAUAGCAACCGCAGUCGCCAGCACAACUGUAGCUGCCACUACAGCUACAGCAGCCACUACAACAGCAGGCGCUGCCACCACAACUCCAGCUGGUUCCACAAGAGCAGCCGCUGCCACCACAACUGCAUUUGCCACCACGACGAAUGCUACCACAACAGCAGCUGUCACUAUGAUGACACUCACUGCCACCACAACUGCAUCUGCCGCUAUGGCGACAGCUGCUGCAACCACAACUGCAGCUGCCAACAUGACAACAGCCGCUGCCACCACCACUGCAGCCCCUGCCACCAUAACUAAGGACGCCACUACGACAGCCCCUGCCACCACAACUAGAGACACCACUAAGACCACUCAUGCCACAACUUUAGUCGCUACCAAAACAGCAGCCACUGCAACCACAAGUGCAGCUGCUACCACAACAGCAGCUGCAAUAAAGACAGACCCUGCCACCACAACUGCAGCCACCACUACGACUGCUAGCACAACAGCAGCUGCCACCACAACUGCAGCUGCCACCACAACUGCAGCUGCCACCACAACUGCAGCUGCCACCACGACAACAGCUGCCACCACGGCAACUGCAGCUGCCACCACGACAACUGCAGCUGCCACCACGACAACUGCAGCUGCCACCAUGACAGCAGCUGCCACCACGACUGCAGCUGCCACCACCACAGCCCUUCCCACCACAACUGGAGACACCACAAAGACAAUCUAUGCCACCACAACUUUAGCCGCUACCAGAACAGGAGCCUCAGCAACCACAAGUGCAGCCGCUACAUCAACUGCAGCUGCCACUAUGAUAACAGCCGCUACAUCAACUGCAGCUGCCACUAUGAUAACAGCCGCUGACACCACUACUGCAGCCGCUGCCACCGUAACUAAGGACGCCACUACGACAGCCCCUGCCACCACAACGACAACCCAUGCCACCACAACUUCAGACGCUACCACAACAGCAGCCACUGCCACCACAAAUGCAGACUCCGCUACGACACCUACCACAACUGCAGCUUCCACUAUGACAGCCUCUGCCACCAUAGCAACAGCAGUCGCCAGCACAACUGUAGCUGCCACUACAGCUACAGCAGCCACUACAACAGCAGCCGCUGCCACCACAACUCCAGCUGGUUCCACAAGAGCAGCCGCUGGCACCACAACUGCAUUUGCCACCCCUACGACUGCUACUAUAACAGCAGCUGCCACUAUGAUGACACUCGCUGCCACCACAACUGCAUCUGCCGCUAUGGCGACAGCUGCUGCAACCACAACUGCAGCUGCCAACAUUACAACAGCCGCUGCCACCACUACUGCAGCCCCUGCCACCAUAACUAAGGACGCCACUACGACAGCCCCUGCCACCAUAACUAAGGACGCCACUAUGACAGCCCCUGCCACCACAACUGGAGACACCACUAAGACAACUCAUGCCACAACUUUAGUCGCUACCAACACAGCAGCCACAGCUGCAAUAAAGAUAAACCCUGCCACCACAACUGCAGCCACCACUACAACUGCCAGCACAACAGCAGCUGCCACCACAACAGCAGCUGCCACCACGACUGCAGCUGCCACCACGACUGCAGCUGCCACCACGACUGCAGCUGCCACCACGACUGCAGCUGCCACCACGACAGCAGCUGCCACCACGACAACAGCAGCCACCACGACUGCAGCUGCCACCACGACUGCAGCUGCCACCACGACAACAGCAGCUGCCACCACGACAACAGCAGCUGCCACCACGACAACAGCAGCUGCCACCACGACAGCAGCUGCCACCACGACAGCAGCUGCCACCACUACUGCAGCCCCUGCCACCGUAACUGCAAACGUCCCUACGACAGCUCCUGCCACCACAACUGCAGCUACAUAUACAACAGCCCCGGCCACCACAGCAACAGCAGCCGCCACCACAACUGCAGCUGCCAACAUGACAACAGCCACUGCCACCACUACUGCAGCCCCUGCCACCACAACUGGAGACACCACUAAGACAACUCAUGCCACAACUUUAGUCACUACCAACACAGCAGCCACUGCAACCACAAGUGCAGCUGCUACCACAACAGCAGCUGCAAUAAAGACAAACCCUGCCACCACAAAUGCAGACGCCACUAUGACUACUACCACAACUGCAGCUGCAAUAAAGACAAACCCUGCCACCACAAAUGCAGACGCCACUAUGACUACUACCACAACUGCAGCUGCCACCACGACGACAGCAGCUGCCACCACAACUGCAGCUGCCACCACGACGACAGCAGCUGCCACCACGACGACAGCAGCUGCCACCACGACGACAGCAGCUGCCACCACGACGACAGCAGCUGCCACCACGACGACAGCAGCUGCCACCACCACGACAGCAGCUGCCACCACCACGACAGCAGCUGCCACCACCACGACAGGAGCUGCCACCACCACGACAGGAGCUGCCACCACCACGACAGCCGCUGCCCCCACUACUGCAGCCCCUGCCACCGUAACUGCAGACGUCCCUAUGACAGCCCCGGCCACCACAGCAACAGCAGCCGCCACCACAACUGUAGCCGCCACUACAACUACAGCAGCCACUACGACAGUAGCAAUUGCCACCACAACUCCAGCUGGUACUUCAAGAGCAGCAGCUGUAACCACAACUUUAGCUGCUACCAGAACAGCAGCCACUGCAACCACAAGUGCAGCUGCCACCACAACUGCAGCUGCCACUAUAAUAACAGCCGCUACCAGCAUAACUGCAGACACCACUAAGACAGCUCCUGCCACCACAACUGGAGACACCACUAAGAUAACUCAUGCCACCACAAUUUUAGUCGCUACCAACACAGCAGCCACUGCAACCACAAGUGCAGCUGCUACCACAACAGCAGCUGCAAUAAAGACAGACCCUGCCACCACAAAUGCAGCCACCACUACGACUGCUAGCACAACAGCAGCUGCCACCACGACGACAGCAGCUGCCACCACAACUGCAGCUGCCACCACGACAACAGCCGCUGCCACCACUACUGCAGCCCCUGCCACCGUAACUGCAGACGUCCCUAAGACAGCCCCUGACACCAUAACUGCAGCCACAUAUAUGACAGCCCCGGCCACCACAGCAACAGCAGCCUCCACCACAACUGUAGCCGCCACUACAACUACAGCAGCCGCUACAACAGUAGCAACUGCCACCACAACUCCAGCUGGUACCACAAGAGCAGCCGCUGCCACCACUACGACUGCGACCACAACAGCAGCUGCCACUAUGAUGACAGCCGCUGCCACCACUACUGCAGCCCCUGCCACCAUAACUAAGGACGCCACUACGACAGCCCCUACCACCACAACUGGAGACACCACUAAGACAACUCAUGCCACAACUUUAGUCGCUACCAACACAGCAGCCACUGCAACCACAAGUGCAGCUGCUACCACAACAGCAGCUGCAAUAAAGACAGACCCUGCCACCACAAAUGCAGCCGCCACUACGACUGCUACCACAACAGCUGCUGCCACCACAACGACAGAAGCUGCCACCACAACUGCAGCUGCCACCACGACAACAGCCGCUGCCACCACUACUGAAGCCCCUGCCACCGUAACUGCAGACAUCCCUACGACAGCCCCUGCCACCACAACUGCAGCCACAUAUACGACAGCCCCGGCCACCACAGCAACAGCAGCCGCCACCACAACUGUAGCCGCCACUACAACUACAGCAGCCACUACAACAGUAGCAACUGCCACCACAACUCCAGCUGGUACCACAAGAGCAGCAGCUGCAACCACAAGUGCAGCUGCAACCACAUGUGCAGCUGCAACCACAAGUGCAGCUGCGACCACAACUGCAGCUGCCACUACGAUAACAGCCGCUACCAACAUAACUGCAGACACCACUACGACAGCCCCUGCCACCACAACUGGAGACACCACUAAGACAACUUCAGCCGCUACCACAACAGCAGCCACAGCAACCACAAGUGCAACUGCUACCACAACUGCAGUUGCCACUAUGACAACAGCCGCUGACAACCCUACUGCAGCCGCUGCCGCCGUAACUGAGGACGCCACUAUGACAGCCCCUGCCACCACAACUGGAGACACAACUAAGACAACCCAUGCCACCACACCUUUAGCCGCGACCACCACAACAGCAGCCACUGCCAUCACAACUACAGCUGUAAUUACGACAGCCUCUGCCACCAUAGCAACAACAGUCGCCAGCACAACUGUAGAUUCCACUACAACUACAGCAGCCACUACAACAGCAGCCGCUGCCACCACAUCUCCAGCUGGUACCACAAGAGCAGCAUCUGCAACCACAGCUGCAUUUGCCACUACUACGACUGCUACCACAACUGCAGCCACCACUACGACUGCUACCACAACAGCAGCUGCCACCACGACCACAGCAGAUGCCACCACGGCAACAGCUGCUGCCACCACAACUGCAGCUGCCAACAUGACAACAGCCACUGCCACCACUACUGCAGCCCCUGCCACCACAACUGGAGACACCACUAAGACAACUCAUGCCAACACAACUGCAGCCACAUAUACGACAGCCCCUGCCACCACAACUGUUGCCACAUAUACGACAGCCCCGGCCACCACAGCAACAGCAGCCGCCACCACAACUGUAGCCGCCACUACAACUACAGCAGCCGCUACAACAGUAGCAACUGCCACCACAACUCCAGCUGGUACCACAAGAGCAGCAGCUGCAACCAUAACUUUAGUCGCUACCAGAACAGCAGCCACUGCAACCACAAGGGCAGCUGCCACCACAACUGCAGCUGCCACUACGAUAACAGCCGCUACCAGCAUAACUUCAGACACCACUAAGACAAACCAUGCCACCACAACUUCAACCGCUACCACAACUGCAGCCACAGCAACCACAAGUGCAGCUGCUACCACAACUGCAGCUGCCACUAUGACAACAGCCGCUGACACCACUACUGCAGCCGCUGCCACCGUAAUUAAGGACGCCGCUAUGACAGCCCCUGCCACCACACCUUUAGCCGUGACCACAACAGCAGCCACUGCCAUCACAACUACAGCUGUAAUAACGACAGACCCUGCCACCACAAAUGCAGACGCCACUACGACAGCCUCUGCCACCAUAGCAACAACAGUUGCCAGCACAACUGUAGAUUCCACUACAACUACAGCAGCCACUACAACAGCAGCCGCUGCCACCACACCUCCAGCUGGUACCACAAGAGCAGCAUCUGCAACCACAACUGCAUUUUCCACCACUAUGACUGCUACCACAACAGCAGCUGCCACCACAACCACAGCAGCUGCCACCACAACUGCAGAUGCCACCACAACAACAGCCACUGCCACCACUACUGAAGCCCCUGGCACCAUAACUGCAGACGUCCCUACGACAGCCCCUGCCACCACAACUGCAGCCACAUAUACGACAGCCCCUGCCACCACAGCAACAGCAGCCGCCACCACAACUGUAGCCGCCACUACAACUACAGCAGCCACUACAACAGUAGCAACUGCCACCACAUCUCCAGCUGGCACCACAAGAGCAGCAGCUGCAACCACAACUUUAACCGCUACCAGAACAGCAGCCACUGCAACCACAACUGCAGCUGCGACCACAACUGCAGCUGCCACUACGAUAACAGCCGCUACCAGCAUAACUGAAGACACCACUACGACAGCCCCUGCCACCACAACUGGAGACACCACUAAGACAACCCAUGCCACCACAACUUCAGCCGCUACCACAACAGCAGCUGCCACUAUGACAACAGCCGCUGACAACCCUACUGCAGCCGCUGCCGCCGUAACUGAGGACGCCACUAUGACAGCCCCUGCCACCACAACUGGAGACACAACUAAGACAACCCAUGCCACCACACCUUUAGCCGCGACCACAACAGCAGCCACUGCCAUCACAACUACAGCUGUAAUUACGACAGCCUCUGCCACCAUAGCAACAACAGUCACCAGCACAACUGUAGAUACAACUACAGCAGCCACUACAACCGCAGCCGCUGCCACCACAUCUCCAGCUGGUACCACAAGAGCAGCAUCUGCAACCACAACAGCAGCUGCCACCACGACCACAGCAGCUGCCACCACGACCACAGCAGCUGCCACCACGACCACAGCAGCUGCCACCACGACAACAGCCGCUGCCACCACUACUGCAGCCCCUGCCACCGUAACUGCAGACGUCCCUACGACAGCCGCUGCAACCACAACUGCAGCUGCCAACAUGACAACAGCCACUGCCACCACCACUGCAGCCCCUGCCACCAUAACUAAGGGCGCCACUACGACAGCCCCUGCCACCACAACUGGAGACACCACUAAGACAACUCAUGCCAACACAACUUCAGUCGCUGCCAACACAGCAGACACUGCAACCACAAGUGAAGCUGCUACCACAACAGCAGCUGCAAUAACGACAGACCCUGCCACCACAAAUGCAGAUGCCACUAUGACUCCUACCACAACUGCAGCUUCCACUAGGACAGCCUCUGCCACCAUAACAACAGCAGUCGCCAGCACAACUGUAGCUGCCACUACAACUACAGCAGCCACUACAACAGCAGCUGCUGCCUCCACAACUCCAGCUGGUACCACAAGAGCAGCCACUGCCACCACAACUAUAGCCACCACUACGACUGCUACCACAACAGCAGCCGCCACUACGACUGCUACCACAACAGCAGCUGCCGCUAUGAUGACAGCCGCUGCCACCACAACAGCAGCUGCCAACAUGACAACAGCCGCUGCCAUCACUACUGCAGCCCCUGCCACCACAACUUUAGCCACUACCAACACAGCAGCCACUGUAACCACAAGUGCAGCUGCUACCACAACAGCAGCUGCAAUAACGACAGACCCUGCCAACACAACUGCAGCUUCCACUACGACAGCCUCUCCCACCCUACCAAGAGCAGUCGCCAGCACAACUGUAGAUGCCACUACAACUACAGCAGCCACUACAACAGCAGCCGAUGCCACCACAACUCUAGCUGGUACCACAAGAGCAGCAUCUGCAACCACAACUGCAUUUUCUACCACUACGACUGCAACCACAACUGCAGCCGCCACUACGACUGCUACCACAACAGCAGCUGCCGCCACGACGACAGCCGCUGCCACCACAACUGCAGCUGCCACCACUACUGCAGCCCCUGCCACUGUAACUGCAGACGUCCCUACGACGACCUCUGCCACCACAACUGCAGCCACUACCACAACACCCCCUGCCACCACAACUUUAACCGCUACCAGAACAGCAGCCACUGAAUCCACAAGUGCAGCUGCUACAUCAACUGCAGCUGCCACUAUGAUAACAGCUCCUGCCACAACAACUGCAGCCGCAACUACAACAGUCACGGCCACCACAACUCCAGCUGGUACCACAAGAGCAGCAUCUGCAACCACAACUGCAUUUUCCACCACUACUACCGCUUCCACAACAGCAGCUGCCGCCACGGCGACAGCCGCUGCCACCACAACUGCAGCUGCCACCACGACAACAGCCGCUGCCACCACUACUGCAGCCCCUGCCACCGUAACUGCAGACGUCCCUAUGACGACCUCUGCCACCACAACUGCAGCCACAUAUACAACAGCUCCUGCCACAACAACUGCAGCCACAUAUACGACAGCCCCGGCCACCACAGCAACAGCAGCCGCCACCACAACUGUAGCCGUCACGACAACUACAGCAGCCACUACAACAGUAGCAACUGCCAACACAACUCCAGCUGGUACCACAAGAGCAGCAGCUGCAAACACAACUGCAUUUUCCACCACUACAACUGCGACCACAACAGCUGCCAUUACCACAACACCCCCUGCCACCACAGCUUUAACUACUUCCAGAACAGCAGCCACUGCAUCCACAAGUGCAGCUGCUAUAUCAACUGCAGCUGCCACUAUGAUAACAGCUUCUGCCAUUACAACUGCAGCUGCCACUAUAACAACAGCUGUUACCGCCACAACUAAAGACACCAAUAAGACAACCCCUGCCACCACACAUUUAGCCACUACAAGAACAGCAGCAACUGCAACCACAACUGCAGCUGCCACUACAACUGCAGCUGCCACUACAACUGCAGCUGCCACUACGACAACAGCCACUACUACCACAACUGCAGACACUGCUAAGACAACCCCUGCCACCACGUCAGCAGCCACUGCCAACACUACUGUAGCCCCUGCCACCAUAACUGUAGGUGCCUCUAUGACAGCCCCUGCCACCACAACUGAAGACCCCAUGAAGACCACCAUUGCCACCACAACUUUAGCCGCUACCACAACAGCAGCCACUGCAGCCACAACUGCAGCUGAUACUACAACACAAGUCUCUGCCACCACAACGACAGCCAGUGCCAUGACAACUGCAUCUGUCACUAUGACGACAGCUGCUGCCACCACAACUGCAGCUGCCACCAUGACAGCAGCCGCCGCUACCACUAAUCCAGCCCCUGCCACCGUAACUACAGAUGUCGUUACGACAUCCCCUGCCACCACAUCAGCAGCCACAAAUAAGACAGCACCUGCCACCAAGCAACAGCAGCCAGCACCACAACUGUAGUCACCAGUACAAUUACAGCAGAAACUACAACAGUAGCAACUGCCACCACAACUGCAGAAACCACUAAGACAACCCCUUUAGCCGCUACCCCUUGCAGCUGUCACUGCAACCAAGAGUGCAGCUGCCACUAUGUAGACAGCCUCUGCCACUACAACUACAGCUGCCACUGUAACUGAGGACGCCACUAUGACAGCCGCUACCACCACAACUGGAGACACCACUAAGACAACCCCUGCCACCACAACUUUAGCCGCUAACUUUAGCCGCUACCAUAACAGCUGCCACUGCAACCAAGCAUGCAGCUGACACUCUGGCAAUAGCUGCUACCACCACAACUGCAGACACGACCAAGACAACCCCUGCCACUAGAACUUUAUCCGCUACAACAAAGGCAGCCACUGCAACCACAAAUGCAGCUGCUACCACAACUGCAGCUGCCAUUACGAUGACAGCCGCUGACGCUACAAUUGCAACAGCCACUACGACAACAGCCGCUACCACCACAACUGCAGAUACCACAAAGACAACCCCUGCCUCCAUGACAACUGCCGCUGCCAACACUACUGCAGCCCUGCCACCAUAACUGUAGACGUCACUACGACAGCCCCUGCCACCACAACUUUAGCCGCUACCACAACAGCAGCCACUGCAACCACAAGUGCACAUGCUACCACAACUGCAGCUGCAAUAAUGACUGACCCUACCAAUACUGCAGCUUCCACUACGACACCCUCUGCCACCACAGCAGCUGCCAGCACAACUGUAGCCGCCACUACGAGUAAAGCAGCCACUACAACAGCAGCCACUGCCACCACAACUCCAGCUGGUACCACAAGAGCAGCAGCUGCAACCACAACUGCAGCCGCCACUACAACAUUCGAUGCCACCACAACUG